CUCGAUCAGAACAGCGGGAUGACAGCUCUGCACCAGCUCGUUGCGGCUCUGCUGCUGGUGGCAUUCAGCACCAGCGCAGAACCAGCUGCAGCACUGUGCCACACUCUGCCCCCAAAAAUUCCAGCCCACGAUUUGCACAACAAGGUUCAUGGGAACUGGACCCUGGUCUGGGCAGUCGCUGACUAUGAUGAUGGCAACGAACUGCUGAAGAAACUUAACAACUCCCAUGUUGAGCUGGACUUUCAUACCCACGACGACACCACAGACAUCAUCUUCAAUGAGAGGAACAUGUUUAGCGAUAAGGCAUGUACUUAUUACUGGAUGAAGAUGACCAACAUGUCUGCCAGCAGCUCUGAGGAUGCCCUGAAGUUUGAAGGAGGAGUGAAGGAGGUUGACGGAAAUGUGACUGAAAUGAAGAAUUCAGUCACAAUCGAGUUCUAUGAGACCUGCCCCCAAGAAUGUUGUAUGAUGGUGGUCUGCAGCUGGGGAUCCGGGCGAUUCGUGCUUGGCUACAAGAUGGAGGGGAAGCUUGGGGGUGAAGGCGAGCUUCAGAAGGACCAGAACUAUUUCAAACAUCAGGCUGAGCUUCUGGGCUUCAACACUGAAAAAGCCUUCUGUCACCAGGGAGAAGCAGAGGGUUGCCCAAAGAAACCAGAGCCGGCUGUGGACUCCAAGCACGCCUGACCCAAACUAUGGGACCAAACUUGGUGUUGUUGCAGCAACCUCAGUGUAGAUCAGUAAUCAUUAAAAUCAAAUACUAAACACU